AGUUCGCAGUUCCAGGUUCCCGGUGCCGUUAUGGGGCAGCCUCGCCGCAUCACCGACUCCUUCCCACGCCGACGGCGACCGGGACGACCCCCGGGCAAGGUCAAGGGCAAGAUCAAAGUCAAAGGCAAGAUCAAGAUCACGGGCGGGGGACGCCUCAAGCCCUGUCCCACUCCACCCACCGAGGACCCCCCGACAGCUCCGGACGCCCCUGACCAGACCCUGCUGGAGAUGCUGCGGCACUUUGACCUCUCCUGGGAGUACGGCCCCUGCACUGGUAUCACUCGUCUGCAGCGCUGGGAGCGGGCACAGGCGCUGGGGUUGAACCCCCCCGGCCCGGUGCUCGAUGCCAUCCUGGAGCACCCCAACAACCCUGCUGUCACCUACAGCCUCUGGCACGAGUAUGAGCUCUGAGCUGCUGCACCCACAUCGAAGAGAAAGGAUCUGGGGGAGGGUCUGUGCCUCACAACCCCGUGCCCCCCAUGCCUGGCCACAGCUGUGCCACAACCCCCCCCAGAGAGGGGGCAGCAGACAGAUUAAAGGGUGGCAUGAAGUGAAGGAGGGGGUGCUGCUGUGUGCUGUCUGGGGGGGGC